CUCACAGCACAAGAUUAGUAGAGCAGGCUGUUACCGAGUCCGAGCGGCGGCAGUUCACAGAGCCAGCGAGCCCACUAAAGCGCCAGUGCCAGCCGAUACUGUGGGUUUACAAAGUCCAGCUUCGCGAUGCUACAGUUCGGCGGCAGGGUGUGCGGUGUCCCCGUUCUCGUCUCGCUGAUUCUGGCGGGGCUGGCGGCCGCCUCUUCCGAUCUGUUUGAUAACGACCUAGGCGACAUCAAUUACUGCAAAAAGCAAUGCCAGAUCACCGUCAAAAACAAAAGCCCGUCUAAACUGCAGGACACCGUACUGAACGCCUGCCACCGGGGCUGCCGGCUCUUCUCCAUCUGCCAGUUUGUGAACGGAAACGCCGGCUUCAACACCAGCAGGGAGGAGUGUCAGGGAGCGUGCCAGGAGGCGUACAGUCGGCUGCUGGACCAGGAGGCCUGCAGCACGGGGUGCGGGAACCAGCCCACCGAGACCGAGAGCAUGAGGAGGAGGCUGAAGGCUAUGACCCGCCGGACCAAGCCCGUGUCCGUCAUGGAGGCCGUGUCCAGCUGGUGCAACGACAUCGUCAGCUCGGCCCAGAGCUUCAUCUCCUCCACCUGGACCUUCUACCUGCAGGCCGACGACGGCAAGGUGGUGGUGUUUCAGAGCCAGCCGGAGAUCGAGUACUCGCUGCCCGAGCUUCAGGCCCCCAGGUCCGACGUGGCUGACAAACCUUGGCCCCCGGUGAACCCCCACACGCAGAGGCCCCAUACCGGCGCCAGGCAGCGCGGGGAGAAGGCCGCGACCCGGGCGGGGGGCAAAGGGAAACACGUGAGCCAGCACGCCGAGGACCCCGCCGCCGAGCACGACUUCCUGGGCUGCAUGUCACGUCGCUCUGGGCUGCCUCGUUGGAUUCUGGCCGCCUGCCUCUUCCUGUCGAUCAUGGUGAUGCUGUGGCUGAGCUGUGCCAGUCUGGUCACUGCGCCCGACCAGCACAUUAAGACACAGCUGAGCAUCAAUGGAGACAAAGAGUUCCUUGAGGAUGUCCAAAAGGUCACCCCUUACCCUCUGCCCCCUGUGAUUGCUGUGGCCAUCAGCCAAUCAGAUGAAGGUGAGGAGGCGGGACCACUGCCAGUGAAGGUUGACCUGAACAAGACCGUUCUCUGAGGGGCCAGUGAGGUCCUAUGGGUGGCUGUGGGGGGGGCUGGUAGUUCCAAUACUCCCUCUCUUUGUUUUUUUUUGUCAGGGAGAUGAGAACACACACAGACACACAUCGUGCAUACACAUACACACACACGCACACGCACACACACACAAAGACAUUUUUUUAACAAAAAGGCAUGGCACCAUUCUUUCACUUCUGUUUAUGGUUGAGUCUUGUUUUGAGUUGUAGUUUCUCUUGUGUGCCAGUGUCAUAGAGUUUAAGCCUCUGCCCUGUGAAAGGGAGGCUUGUCUACUUUAGUAGAGUAUUCAUUUUCCCCGUCGCACACAUGCUAGUCCUCAGCCCGAGAAGCUUAACAGUAUGCUGAAAAAUUACCUGAAAUUAUGCUGGAUAAUGCACACGGGCAUGUAAAUAUACUUAAUAGUGAGAAGGGGGCAAAUUAAUCAAUAAAGCAUAACAUCAAAUUGUCAAACUUCCACACGUUUUCGAAACCACUCGUAAUGUUCAGAUCAAAAGAACCAGGAUUCUAACGGAGAUGAGAACUAUUUGUCUUCUCUCUCUCUCUCUCUCUCGCUCUGUAAUUAAACUUGUGGAAUUGCUUUGUGAUUCAUUUCGGUUUAAGAAAUCACCGAAGAACGGCCAGAUGUUUUUUGAAAAGCGAUCACGUAAAAGCGGUCCAGAGUCAGGCCUGAAACGCUAUUAGCUGGGCGCACGUUGCCCUGAUGCAACCUUGUCUCCUUUUUAUAAUCAGCGGUGUGGGUCUUGCGUGAUCCAGCCUCAUCGGAGCCCAACAGCAGGUCCGCAGUAGUUUCCAAGUUUGCUGAAAUUACUCUGUUAUGUGACAAACCGAGCCCAUUCUAGCAUUGUAUUCUUCUGGUGUACUGUACCAUCUGAACAAAAAAUCUACUCUUGACCAUCUCCCAUGAAUGAUUUUUGAACAAUAAUAGUUGUAGUUUUCCUUCACUUCAACUGAAAUUAAUGAAAAAUUAAGAGGAAAUAUUGAUUAUUUUGCGGCUUUUGUGAACCCCCAAGCCACUGCAAGGCGUGGCACUUUGGGUCUUUAAUUAUCAUACAAUUGGGCGUGUGCUUACUGCCCCCAAUAUCAACUCUCGGUGGAAUCUACUUAUUUAUUUAUUUAUUUAUUCUUUUAUUUAUUCGUUGGUCAAUAAAUCGGUUACAAAACAGAGGAGUUCCGGCUUUCAAAAUGUCAGUUAGAUUUUUUUUUUUAAAUCAAUCAGAAUGCUUGAGGUGCAUUGGCCAUCUUUGCUGACUUCAGCCGCUGGGCGUCUGUGUUCUUCGGCUGACAGCAUUAGUCUAGAAGGGUCUCGUCAGAAGCGUGACGGAGAGAAACUGGAAGGGAACUGGGGGCGGUAUACUGCUUUCUAUUUGUUUGUUUCUUUGCUCUUAGAUGUACCAUCGUACUAAUUUUAGACAUUUUUAUAUGCUUCUAGCUUGCGUACGUACACACAAGUCCACUUAAGAGUAAACCCAACGCCGUGCAUAAUAUAGCGCUUUUAACUAUAGAGGUCCGUUAUUACACACGAUGAACGCUUUUGUAACCGGGCCAAAGUAUUGAUAAGUUUAAAAGUUAUUUUCAGUGCCGUUAAGAUGUCCGGUAAGGUUCUAUCUUCUAUCUUCCGUCUGGUUUUUCUUUUCUUCUCAGUGGGCGGCAACAAUGCAUGCUUGUAUGUUACAACAGUUUAGCUCUACAGCACAUUUCAGAAUGGCAGGAAAACCAGUAGACUUUGUGAUUUGUGUGUUUCUGCUAUUUAAGUGUUGAGUAGAUGAUGUAAUAAUCAUAUACUUUUCUAAGAAACAAAAAGAGAGCUCUGUCUGAAAAGCCAUCGUUCAUUUGUCAGUUCUGGUCCUAACAAGGUCAAGGUUUCUGUUGGAAAACAAAGUAAAUAGAAAAAAAGGUGCGGUUCCUUUUUAACUAUGGAUGUUUUCAAUUAAAUGAUACAAAAAUAAAGUGUUUUCAUGAGAUAAA